CACAGAAAUUGGUGUUGAUUGAAAUUCCUUCACGUUUUGACAACGUCUUUCGGGCGUCUUUCCUCCAAUUGUUUUCCCCAUUGGCAUCGUAAUUCCCAAGAUCAAACGUCUCCAGAAGGCCUGACAAUUGCAUUAGCAUCGUCAGAGUAAAGUCCCUGCUUCAAUUGGCGGCGCUUUGAUAGUCUGCCCCCGCCAAGCAGCUUGAGCAGAGGGGAGGCAUGGGGGACAACAAAGCUCCUGAAACGGACGCUAGUCCACCUCAGAACACGGCAGACUUGACGGCCUUCGUCCAGAACCUACUACAGCAGAUGCAAGCACGGUUUCAGACAAUGUCGGACAGCAUCAUUUCAAGGAUUGAUGAGAUGGGUGGGCGCAUUGAUGAGCUGGAGAAGAGCAUCGGAGAGUUGAUCAAGGAGGCGGGAGCUGAGGCGCCGCAAGGGAAUCCAUCUCAUCAACCAGUAGCCCCACCGCGAACGAGCGAUCAUUGAACCCAUUUUGGUGUUUAGCAGUGUUUCUUUGUUAACAUCUUAAUCAGGAGAUCUGACAUGCACCAUCCUGGGUCACUCGGGCACUCGUAUUGUCAAUACUGCAGACUUUUCAAUUUCAGGAGGGUAGAGUAAAGAGGACAGCUGAAUUGCUUCUUGACACGUUUUAGAGUUGGGAUAGCAAGCUCUUUUGAAGCUACAUGGUGAUCAUAUUGUUUGCAUACGAGGGCGCUAUUCUUUGAUUGUACUAAGAUAAGCAGGAGCUUCCAUGCGCUCUGGUAUAGAUCCUGAGUCACUCAGGUAUACUGCGUACAUGUGGCAGCCUAUCAAGCCAGCUGAACAAGAUAUGCAGCGGCCUGGCCUAUCUGCUUAAUACCUUCUUGAUUAAACAAGACUGGAGGUGCUACCGCCAUGCAGUUUAUAACAAUUUGGAGGGUUAAGUUGGAUGCUUAAUUCGGCUUCAAGAAAAAACCGUCCGCUCUUUAGCUGAGUAUUGGACAUGUAUCACAAAGGCUAACGAAUAUGCGCACGCG